CCGGGACUGCUCCUGAUUCGGUGGGAGCUUCUGACAACCCGGAUCUCUCCUAGAUCAGCCCUCACCUGGAUAUAACCGUGCCGGGACGCUGCGAUGACAACUCUUGCUGGAGCUGUCCCCAGGAUGAUGCGACCCGGGGCUGGGCAGAACUACCCCCGCAGCGGCUUCCCGCUGGAAGUCUCUACUCCUCUAGGCCAGGGCAGAGUCAAUCAGCUCGGAGGAGUGUUUAUCAAUGGCAGGCCUUUACCCAACCAUAUCCGACACAAGAUAGUGGAGAUGGCUCACCAUGGCAUAAGGCCCUGUGUCAUCUCUCGCCAGCUGCGAGUGUCCCACGGCUGCGUCUCCAAAAUUCUCUGCAGGUACCAAGAGACGGGCUCCAUCCGACCGGGGGCCAUCGGCGGCAGCAAGCCCAAGGUGACGACUCCGGAUGUUGAGAAGAAAAUCGAGGAAUACAAGCGGGAAAACGCUGGGAUGUUCAGCUGGGAGAUUCGGGACAAACUGCUGAAGGACGGUGUGUGUGAUCGCAACACGGUACCGUCAGUGAGCUCUAUCAGCCGCAUCCUGCGGAGCAAGUUUGGGAAAGGUGAGGAAGAGGAGGCUGAGCUGGAAAGGAAGGAGGUAGAGGAAGGUGACAAGAAGGCCAAGCACAGCAUCGACGGCAUCCUCAGCGAAAGAGGGAAAGGUGGAGAUGAACGUAGGCAGAUUUUACAGAAAGCCGGCGAACGCGGUGGCAGGGAAUCCUGCUUCCACAGCAAAUCCCUUUUUACUGCAGAUGGUGUGGCAGGACUUCCUUUUCAUCAUGACCUAAGGGCUCCUUGA